CGCCCCGACUCCUUGUGUCCCGGACUGCCUGCUGACUCUAACAGGCAGAACAAGAAGGCAAGAAGCGGCUAAAAGAAGACAAAAUGAACUUUUCUUUCCCAGUGAGGAAUUUGUUUUGGAUGUGUUUUUUUCUUCUGGGUGUCGUCAUGAGAUGCUUCGGUGGCCCUGGGCUCUCAGUGGAUGUAGACAGUCCGGUUGAGUCUCAAAGUGGAACUGCACCGACGCAAGAAGGUUACUUCCUAGAGGUGGUGGAGCCAGUCAACAACAUCACACACUUCCAGGGCCAGACAGCCACGCUGCACUGCAAAGUGGUUGGGAACCCACGACCGAUCAUACGCUGGCUUAAAAACGACGCGCCGGUGGUCCAGGAGCAAGGACGCAUCACUAUUCGCAAAACAGAGGCAGGAUCCAAGCUUCGCAUCCAGGACCUGGACACCACAGACACUGGCUACUAUCAGUGUGUUGCCUCCAACUCGCUUAAAGUCAUCUCAGCCACAGGGGUGCUUUACGUCAAACUAGGACAGAUGCCGACGCAUGGACCAGAUGAUUCGUCACAAGAAAAAGGUUUCUGCCAGCCAUACCGUGGCAUUGCUUGUGCACGCUUCAUCGGCAACCAGAGCAUUUAUGUGGAGUCUCUGCAGAUGCAAGGAGAAAGUGAAAACCGCAUUACAGCUGCCCUCACAAUGAUUGGCACCUCCACUCACCUGUCAGAUCAGUGUUCCAAAUUUGCCAUUCCGUCCUUCUGCCAUUACGUUUUCCCACUAUGUGAUGAGGGAUCCCGCAGUCCCAGGCGACGUCAACUCUGUCGGGACGAGUGUGAGGCCCUUGAGAAUAACCUGUGCCAUGCCGAGUACAGCGUUGCCCGAGCCAACCCCAUGAUCCUGAUGCAGCUAGAGCUUCCACGCUGCCACCUGCUGCCUCGGCCUGGCACACUCGAUGCUGCUUCCUGUAUGAGGAUAGGCGUGCCGUCAGAAAAACUACACACACAGUACCCAACAGACCAGAGCUGCUACAACGGAAGUGGUGCUGACUAUAGGGGCACCGUCAGCGCCACAACAUCAGGUCAUCACUGCCAGCCAUGGAGCACUCAAUACCCUCACAGUCACCAUCUGGCCCAGGAGUACCCUGAACUAUGGGGCAGCCACAACUACUGUCGCAACCCAGGAGGCCAGAUGCAAGCUCCUUGGUGUUUCACCUUGAACCCCCGGGUCAGGGUAGACAUUUGUGACAUUCAGCCUUGCCAAGCUCCAGAGAACACCAGAAAGGAGAUACUGUUUAUUCUUAUCCCUGCCAUUGCCGUCCCUUUGAUCAUCGCUUGCCUCUUCUUCUUGGUCUGCAUGUGUCGAAACAAACUGAAGACACCGAGUGACAUGCCUCCUCGCUGUCAGCCCAGCAGCUCAUCCAACCAAGACAUAGAGCUAUCCCUCCUCAACCAGCAGAAACAUCAGGCAAAGCUGCGGGAGAUCAAUGUGUCAGCUGUUCGAUUUAUGGAGGAGCUUGGUGAGGAUCGCUUUGGCAAGGUUUACAAGGGUCACCUGUACGGCACUGCACCUGGUGAGCCAACACAGUUGGUGGCCAUUAAGACACUAAAGGACAAGAUUGAUCCCAUCCUGGCUGAGGAAUUUCGCCAUGAGGCCCUGCUCCGCUCGCACAUUCAGCAUCAGAAUAUUGUUUGUCUUGUGGGCGCGGUCAUUAAGGAGCAACCAAUGAACAUGAUCUUUACGUAUUCCAGCCUUGGAGACCUCCAUGAGUACCUGGUCAUGCGCUCCCCCAACUCGGACGUUGGCAGCUCCGAUGAUGACAGGACAGUAAAAUCCACAUUGGAGCCAACAGAUUUCCUUCAUGUUGUCACCCAGAUUGCUGCCGGAAUGGAGUACCUGUCCAGCCAACAAAUUGUCCACAAAGACCUCGCAGCUCGGAAUAUUCUGGUUUUUGACAAACUUAGCAUUAAGAUUCUAGAUCUAGGUCUCUUGAGGGACGUCUACUCAGCCGAUUAUUACAAUCUGAUGGGAACAAGCUCUUUUCCAAUUCGCUGGAUGUCACCUGAGGCUAUCAUGUAUGGAAAGUUCUCCACAGACUCUGAUAUCUGGUCUUACGGUGUUUUGCUGUGGGAGACCUUUAGUUACGGUCUGCAGCCGUAUUGUGGCUACUCCAAUCAGGAUGUCAUUGAUAUGGUGCGCAGCCACCAAGUAUUGCAGUGUCCUGACGACUGCCCGGCCUGGAUAUACACCUUGAUGCUGGAGUGCUGGAGUGAAUUCCAGGAAAGAAGGCCUCGCUUUAAGGACAUUCACACGCGUCUGCGCUCUUGGGAGUGUCUUUCAAACUACAACAACUCUGCUCAAACUUCUGGCACCAGCAACACCACCCAGACCAGUUCUCUCAGCAUCAGCCCAGUGAGCAACAUCAGCAUGAGCACAGUGAAUGCAUCACGCUACCCAAGCCCCAAAAAGAGUUCCCCCUUCCAUCAAGCCCAGUUUAUGCCAAUGAAAGGUCAGAUGCAUCGACCAUUGGUCCCCCCACAACUCUACAUUCCAAUCAAUGGUUACCACCCUAUGCCAGCUUACCCGUAUCUGCACAACUUUUACCCCAUGCAAAUCUCCAUGCCUAUGCCCCACCAGCAAGUCCAACACCCACCACAGAUGGUCCCCAAAGCUGGGUCCCACCACAGCGGAAGCGGCUCCACAUCAACAGGCUAUGUCACCACCGCUCCUUCCAGCAACUCGGUGGCAGAGAGAGCAGCUAUGCUCAGUGACGACUUUAAGACCAAGGACCAAACUGCCGCCACGUCCCAGGCCGAGCUUGGGCAAAACGAGAACUCAUCAGCACCUGAGACCGAAUUAUUGGGCGAUAAUGAGCUUCGACAAACUGAUGAGCUGGCGACCCAGUUGUCAGAAUCAUAGGUGGAGACUUGUCCAGGGUGUACCCCGCCUUCCGCCUGAAUGCAGCUGAGAUAGGCUCCAGAAGCCCCCGCGACCCUUAACGGGACCAGUGGUAGAAAAUGGAUGGAUGGAUAAGAAAACAGCCACAUUCAUUUGGACAACACCGCUUUACCUAAUCAUACAUUUGAUUUUACAUAUUAAAUGAAAUAUUAAAUGACAAUAUACAAAAAUAUAGCGAUAUUUAGUGUAAUAAUUGUAUCACAUUUCCAUAUUCCUUAAAUUCUUACACAUGAGCAGAUGCAGGGGCUGCAUGAAUUCCAAUAGGAGCAUGUCUCGCCAAAACACGGGUGAGAAAUGUUGGCAUACAUCAAAAAAGUGUCUCUAUUCAGCAUGAUAAGCUAGCUGUUAAUCCUGAUAGGGCGACUCCAUGGAGACAAGCAGAGCAGCAUGUUGUGCAGGCGUAAUAACAGCAGUCCGGUCUUUAACGCAUGCCGAGUUAACCACCACGGAAGUGAAAAGAGGCGACUGGCUAAAUGUUGUUAGUGCCGGCCAGCAAGGUGGUGGGCGUGAUUGUGGGGCCGCUGCUUCAGGGUGCUUCACAACGUUGCUUUCUUGCCACUUCGGCCUACGAAAGUGCUUGAACCUGUUUUUUUAAAUUGAUAUCGCAGAAGAUCAUUUUCAGUAAAUUCGGUCAGCCAAAAUCAGGAUUCAGCAUUGAAUAUUAAUUGUGCAGCCCUACUCUAAAACUAUCCAAACAAAAACAUCCAUUAAUCAGUGUCUAAUAAUAUGUCAGUAAUAAUACAUUUGUUUCAUUGUUAACAAUAUGUUGAGGGGCAACAAAAAUGUGUGCUAAAAAUGUCCCCCCUGCCACUUUUUGAACGCCUCUGUGCCUUACUUGUAUAUCUUCUGGUUCACCUGGCUUAUAAAUAACAUAAUUUUACUUUACCCAGUUGCACAGAUUUGUAAUUUAUGUUAUUUAGUCGUAACUUUUUUUUUGUCUAUAGUUUUUCUGUAUUGAGCAUUGGUGUUCUCGCUACCAGGUGCAUGAUUUUUAUCAAUUUCUUACUUUACAUUGUGUACAUGUUCAAUAAAGUUUUUCAAAAUAAUUUGUCAUUGUCCAUGAAUUUGAGACAUGGCUGAUAAUAUUAUUUACAAAAUAUAUAGAUAAUGAAUGAGGUCUAAUAUGUCUAGCAAACACAGUUUGUUUACAACUUCCUCAAAGUAACAUUUUUCAAAGCAAAAAAUAUAACAAAAACACAAUUGGCUACCGUGCUUUACGGUUUGGUUUAACAGAACACAUUUGUUUGACAAUUGUCUGUUUUUCACAAUUACAAAGUGUAUGCAAUACAAAUGUUAACCGGCCCGAAUU